GCGAGGAAAGAUGUUCACGGUGCUGACCCGCCAGCCUUGCGAGCCAGCAGGCCUCAAGGCGCUCUCCCGCACGCCAGCCAUCAUCGCCUUGGUGGUCCUGAUUGUGAGCGUUGUGGUGAUCGUGGCUAUCACACUCAUCCAGAUCCACCAGAAGGAGGUGCUCCUCCCAGGACUGAAGUAUGGAAUCGUCCUCGAUGCCGGGUCUUCCAGAACCACAGUCUACGUGUACCAGUGGCCAGCAGAGAAAGAAAAUGAUACCGGGGUGGUCACCCAGACUUGCAAAUGCAGUGUGAGAGGCUCUGGGAUCUCCAGCUAUGGGAGAAACCCCCAGGAUGUCCCCAAAGCCUUCGAGGAUUGUAUGCAACAAGUCAAGGAGCAGAUUCCCGCCCACCAGCACGGAUCCACGCACAUUUACCUGGGCGCCACGGCGGGGAUGCGCUUGCUGAGGUUGCAAAAUGAAACAGCAGCUAAUGAAGUCCUUGCAAGCAUCCAAAACUACUUCAAGUCCCAGCCCUUUGAUUUUAGGGGUGCUCAAAUCAUUUCUGGGCAAGAGGAAGGGAUAUAUGGAUGGAUUACAGCCAACUAUUUAAUGGGAAAUUUCCUGGAGAAGGAUCUAUGGCACAUGUGGGUGCAUCCGAAUGGAGUGGAGACCACAGGUGCCCUGGAUUUAGGCGGUGCCUCCACCCAAAUCUCCUUUGCGGUGGGAGAGAAGGUGGAGCUGAACACCAGUGACAUCAUGAAGGUGUCCCUGUACGGCUACGUGUACACACUCUACACACGCAGCUUCCAGUGCUACGGCCGGAACGAGGCCGAAAAGAGGUUUCUGGCGAUACUCCUUCAGAAUUCCACCACCGAAACCAAUGUCAGCAACCCCUGUUACCCUCGGGGUUACAUCACCACCUUCCCCAUGGGCCACCUGUUUGACAGCCUGUGCACGGAGGAUCUGAGGCCUGGAGGUUAUGCCCCCGAUGAUAUCAUCACUUUCGAAGGAAGCGGGGACCCACUACUGUGUAGGGUGAAAGUGGCUUCCCUCUUCGCCUUCAAAGCUUGCCAUGACCAAGAAGUCUGCUGCUUUGACGGGGUUUAUCAGCCGAAGGUUAAAGGACCUUUUGUGGCCUUUGCGGGAUUCUUCUACACAGCCAGUGCUCUAAACCUCUCGGGCAGCUUUUCCCUGAACGCUUUCAACUCGAGCACCUGGGACUUCUGCUCCCAGCACUGGAGUCAGCUCCCACGGCUGCUGCCCCGGUUUGACGAGCUGUACGCCCGCUCCUACUGCUUCUCGGCCCACUACAUCUACCACCUGCUCGUACACGGGUACAGGUUCUCCGAGGACACCUGGCCCCAGAUACAUUUUAAAAAAGAGGUGGGAAAUAGCAGCAUAGCCUGGUCUCUCGGCUACAUGCUCACCCUGACCAACCAGAUCCCAGCUGAAAUCCCCCUGAUCCGCCUGCCCAUGAAGCCUCCUACCUUUAUGAGCAUCCUCGCCUUCUUCACGGGAGUGGCCCUGCUGUGCCUCGCCUUGCUGGUGUACCUGUAUGCGACAUCCAGGAAUCAGAGGCGCUCCCGGCAUGCCUUUGACCACACAGUGGAUUCCGAGUGAGCCUUGCGAAGCAGCCGCUGGAGCCCAAGGGUUGCCCAGGUCCAGCUGGGUGGCAACGGCCAAUGCCAGUGAAAUGCCCAUCUGCUGGAAACACAACUACAGUCAAAUACUUAGGUCGUGUGCCUCUCAGAUACUGAUGUUUGCCAAAGCACCUUAACUGUUCUGUGCACACUGGGCCUCCAGAGACCCCACUACCCACUGUUCCUCCUGGGGAACAGAGGAGAGACAGGCCAUCAAGGCCAGGCUCUUAUUCCAGUGCCCCAGAGGAAGAGGAAGCUGAGAAUGGGACAGUUCAGUGUUGGAGAAUUGACCUCAGGGCUCAUGUUGCAUUCUGUCCCCUCAGAGGCCACCUUCCUCCUGGCAGGUUUGGAAGCUGGCAGACGCCCACUAAGCCUUUGGUCCAGUCAGAUAUCUCGUCGUAUGGCUCCUGCCCCUUGGUCCUUCACUGGGACUUUCCUUUAGCAAUCCCAUAAACAUUGAGCUCCCCCAGAUUGCUAGAAUAUAGUAUGUGGGGGAGAAGACUCCUUGACGCCCAAGGACAGUGACCACAGCCAGCUUCUGUCGUGCAGGCAGACCUGAAAGGCAGAGGUGCACUGGAAACCUGCUGGCCAUUCCCCAAGCGGGAUUCUGGUCAUUAGAUGGCAGCUGGCAUGUGUGCUGUUAUCUCCCCCUCCCCUUCACAUCGUGCUUGUCGUCCUGUGAAACAUUUACUCCUAGAGAGGGUAUUGUGUUCCAGAGCUUUUUGCCUUUGCUAGGCUUUUGUUUCGGGCUAUCUUUCCAGUGGUAGUAUGGCGCAUAUAUUUUGUACACCGUUCCCACAGGUAUACUCGAUGCUGUCACAAAACAUCCUGUUCUAUGAUUUGCUUACCACUUACUUUCCUAGAUGGUAGACCUCGCUGCACAGUAGCCAUAGUUCUUGACUUCAGGGAAAGAAAAGGAAGCUGCAGGGACAUCUAACUCCAGAGUGGGGUAGGAAAGAACUCCAGCAUGUCCAAUGGCUACAAACUAAAAAUCAACAUGAUUGCAGAUUGUUGUUUGCUAGCUCAACGUGGAAUAAAGGACUCUUAUUGUGA